UUAGGAAUCAUCAUGGGGGCGUUUGUGGUUUGUUGGCUUCCUUUCUUUCUUCUCUACGUUAUUAAGCCAUUCUGUCUCAACUGCCAAAUACCCAAGUCUCUUGAUCGGUUCGUUCUCUGGUUAGGCUAUCUCAACAGUCUCCUUAAUCCAAUCAUUUACAUCUGCUGCAAGCCGCUAUUCAGAGUGACAUUCAAACGUAUACUUCUCUUCAAGUAUUGCAGGAGACAGGGAGACUGGAAGCUAGGCAAACCGGUCCAAAGAGGCAUCCUUGUCAACUGCCACAAACAUCGACCCAACUCAUCGUCAGAUGGACCAAGUGCAGGUCGACGUAAACGACCUGGUCGAGUAAUGUUUGCUGAUUGUCCUCCGGGCGAGCUUUACAAUGGGAAGGACCAGUCUCUCUCCCGGACACCGACGCUACCGCCUGAGAGGGACAGUGAUGGAAUCGUCACUUAUCGGAACCUCCCAUCUCGGGAUUGUGAGAGACAGAACAUAGGAAGGGAGUCAUACGACCACCAACUCUUAAACGCUAACUCCAAUAACAAUUGUUUGUACAUGCGAAACAACGGUAAAGGAAAUGGAGGUAAAUUCCUAGCAGGUGCUUCAAUUCAUCAUCACUUCAGAAGAGGUGAUUUAGAACAGAGCAGUAGUGGUUCUACAAAUGAUGUGAGUGGGUCAAAGCUCUGCUGUGCGGGCUCAAGGAGCCGAUCGUCGGACAAUCUUGAAGCGAUGCGUAGCGGUACGAGUCAGAGCAGAUCACAGGUGGUUGAGGUUGAGAUUGCAAGAGAGGCCAAAGACCACUGCAGUGGUACCGAACACUGUCCUUAUACAAAUGAAGUCUUCUCCACGAGGACAACAGAAACUCAUUGUGACAGUAUGAAUCGGGAUGAGAUUGAACACGGUGACCUGAGAGGAGUAAGGACCGAUCCUACAGGACAUGAAACAUUGGUUGAAACUCAAGACAAGUCGAAGGAAUCAGUGUCUUCGGGGAGCGAUUUAAACAUAUUCCGUGAAGUACUUGUUUGAAUUAUUAUCAUUCUGUGGUAUUGUUUCACAAUUAAGAGAGUGCCAUGUAAAAAGUUUUCUAACAAAUAUUAGAUGCAUGACAUAAUUAUAGAUAACUCGUUAUUCUAUUUGCAUUAUUGUUCUACCUUCAUACUAUGUAGUUAAAGGAAUCCUCAUUAUUAGAACCAUUGGAUAUGCCGUUCAGGGACAUUCAACCAUACAAGGCACAGAACAUGUUCCGGAGACGUGGUGAUGAUAGUGUACAUGUAUACAUGUGUCGUGGUAUAGCGGUUCAUUCACUUAACUUUCAGUCAAUUAAUAAUAAUAAUGGGUUCUUAUAUAGCGCUCAUAAUCUUCCAGACUUGAC